GAAGCCCCGGUGCAGCUCCCCGGUCUGCUCAGUCGUUACUGAGGGAAGAUGGUGGACAUAGCGACAGCAGCGUGCUCGAAACUCCGCCCAAAACACUUUGGAAAAGACUUACUGUCUCAACCUAGUAUAAAAUAUAGAUUACCCGGGGAUAACUGUAGAUAAUACUUGUUGAAACCUGACAGGAAAAGGCUCUUCUCGGCACCAGGGAACCGGUUUAUCCCAGAGAGCGGGCAGCUGGUGGAACGUGGUGGUUCGUGAAGGACGCUAACCAAAGUGGGACAGAACAAACUCUGGGACCUUUAGAGACUGUUAUCAAGACAAACUACGGAGACAUCCAAUCUUCCACUGCUUCUGCUGCCUUCACAAAGAACUGUCAUAUCUGUGAGGGUCCUGUUUGACGGUUAAAGCAGGCUGACUCCAGCUAGCUAACCUCUGCUAGCUCUGUGGUCUGUUGUGGAUCAAAGAUGCCUCGGAGCAAGAAGGGGAAACGUGGCUCCAGCAAGCCGGGUAUUAAAAAUGGGGUGAAAGGAGAGAUGGGUGGCAGCGAUGACGAGAUGACGUCGGAUGUUCUCAGCCACUACAGCAGCACCAGUGAAACCGCCUCUGUGAUGGACGAGGGCACAGGAGGUGAGCAGGUGGAUGAGCAGACUGCCCAGGAGGAGACAGAAGACAAGCUGAAGCAGUGUAUAGACAACCUGAUGGAUAAAAGCACAAAGACACGUUUAGCAGGUCUGGAGUCGUUGCGUCAGGCCUUCUCCUCCAGACUGCUCUACGACUUCCUGACUGAAAGACGCCUCACUGUCAGCGACUGUCUGGAGAGAAGCCUGAAGAAAGGCAGCGGAGAAGAGCAGGCAGCGUCCGCCACACUCUUCACUCUGCUCUGUAUCCAGCUGGGGGGCGGAGAUGAGGCAGAGGAGGGCUUCAAGAUGCUUCGUCCCAUCCUCACCGCCAUCCUUAUGGACAACACAGCCAGCAUAGCAGCCCGGCAGAGCUGUGCCAGAGCUUUGGGGAUGUGCUGUUACGUCUCUGCUGCUGAAGAUGGAGAGGACCUGAUCAAGUCCUUGGCCCUCCUGGAGAGCAUAUUCAUGUCUUCCUACCCCAACAGAGAGGGAAUGCUGCCAACACCCAAGCUGGGCAGUCCUGGCCUCCACUGUGCCGCCCUGCAGGCCUGGUCUCUGCUGGUCACACUCUGCCCUGCAUCUCGACUCACAGUGCUGCUCGGCCUUCACCUCCCCAAGCUACAGGCAUGUCUGGAGAGCAGUGACGUCAACUACAGGAUCGCUGUGGGAGAAACCAUCGCUCUGCUGGUGGAGCUGGGAAGAGAUAUAGACGAGGAGUUCGAGGUGGAUGACAGUGAGAGUCUGUGUCAGUGUCUGAAGAGCUUAGCCACAGAUGGCAACAAACACAGAGCCAAGAACGACAGACGGAAACAACGCUCCAUCUUCAGAGAAGUGCUUCAUUACAUCGAGAACGAAGACUUCACAGAGGAGAAGAUCAGGUUUGGAGUGGAGAGUGUUUAUAUCGACAGCUGGAUGAGGAGAAGAAUAUAUGAUGCCUUCAAAGAGAUCCUGGAGUCUGGAGUGAGACACCACUUACAGUUCAACCCACUACUAAGAGACAUCUUCGGCCUCGGGGCUCCCCUCAUUCUGGACACUGGUGUUAAAGUCAACAAGAUUUCCCGCUUUGAGAAGCAUCUUUUCAAUUCAGCUGCGUUUAAGGCCAGGACGAAACAGAGGAACAAAGUCAGGGACAAGCGGGCUGACGUCAUGUGAUGGAAGAAUUGAGCGGAUAGACGAGGAACCCCCGGGGCAACAAGAAGAUGGACACAAACCGAUGCCUUCAACACUUCAACUGUUGGACACACUUGACUUGACAAACUUUGAACAGGGCUGCUCUAAACCUGCAAAAACAUCCUCCCGCUUUAAGAUAGCCAACAUUUAUAUUCAUGAUCUUAUGUUUUGACCGAGCAUGAAUUGCUUUUCACUCAUUUUAACGCAGAGUAAUGUGAAUGCUUCCAACAAGAAAAUGCUCCCAAAGUAAAGUAUGAAGACUUUUUUGAGAGUCGAACAUUUGGAAACUCUAGGAUACAUUUUAGACUUGUGGAAUCCUUCCAUGUUACAGUCACUGAAACUCUAAAUGGUGCUAAUGAGUAUUGGUUUUCAUACUCAGCUUGGAUUACUGUCCUUUGUCUUUCUAAUCCAUAUUUACAAAUUCAGUUUCCACACAGUGUUGAGCCCCUUUCACUGAGCUUAACAAAUCCUCAUUGAUCUCUGAGGCUUCAUAUUUAAACAUCAACGUCCUGAAACAAUCUGGAAACCCUCUCCUCUGGGCUCUUCAGUCCUCCCACGUGGCUUACCCAGCUGCCAAACCAGAACCUUACUACACAAACAAUGCCACGUUGACAGAACAUGUGUGUGGUGUUUGCGUGAGUGUGUUUUAUUUGAUUUUAUUCAACAUCAUAAAAUAAAACCUAAAUAAUAAUGAGAAAGGAAGACGCCUAUUGAAUAAAGAUGAAAUCACAGUUAAUAUGAAAUCAAAGAUUGUCAUUUUUCUAUGAAUAUUUUUUGAAGAGGGAAAAAUCUGUUUUAACCGUUUCUGGUGAAUAAUUGUAUUUUACUUUCUAAUUUAUUACAGAGCAGUACUGUGUGAUUUUUAAGACACUUAAAGUUGCUAAGAACUGUUUACAGAAACAACCAUGGGAUAACAAAGAUGAGAGAGUUUAUAGUUUUUCCUCCAUGUGUAUUUUAAAUGCAGGUCGGUGGGUCAUGUGUAUGGAUUGCAGGUAGAAUGUACAAAGGGAUUUAUGGUGACUUGAAUCAUGAGAUGCAUUUCAAUGAUUUACCUUCUAACAGCAGUAAAUGUACACAGACCAUUAUCCAGAGCUGCUGAUCAGUAGAGUCUGGUUCUUGUGAGACCUUUUUAAUGCUCCAGUAAUCAAAGUAUUUGUGUUUUUGAAUGUGUUGAAUUUGAAAAGCACACUCAGCAGCUACUUCAGUGGUCAGCAUUCACAGUUUUUAUUCCAGACCAGGUUUGUUCUUUUCAAGAUGAAGUGCAGCAACAAGCCAAACAAACUGAUCAGUGGCUCUGAUGUCGGAGCAAAUGGAUAUACGCUGGAUCAAAUGAAAUAAAGAAUAUAUAAGCACGGCU